UUCGAGGAAAACACGGACAUUUGUCAACAACGGAACCAUGUGCAUCCUGGGUCGUCUUUUCCUGGUUCGGUGACCUUGGUGAGAUGCUUUAAGUCUGAGCAGUGCUGGAGCACAAUCAUGACUCUGAAGCUGAGUGGGAGAAUUAAACCUCUCUUCCGGAUUGGGAUACAAACUGUCUGCCCCUUUUCCAACCAUGCAAGAAGCAGCACAGCAGCUCGUGCCCUGUGUAUCUCCAGUCACGGCCUCAGGAAGCCCCUGUCGGACUGGGGUGUCAGUAGCCCCUUCAGGGAGCCGAACAUUGUGUCCUAUGGCAAAGGGGAUUGCUUCAGACGUUCAUUUUUUCAGUUCCGUGUGAGCCCAUCGCAUCAACCGUCAGAAGACGAGGAGCGGUCUUUCCAGCAGAGUCUCAGGAGUUGCAAUUCCUCUCAAGAGGUUUUCAAUCUUCUGUGUUCGUUGGAGAUUCUGUCUGACACCAUGGCUGCUGCAGCGCUUCAUCGCGUGGCCGACUUCGAGCAGAAUGGACACUCGCUGCAGAACCCAUCGGUGCUGGACAAUGACACCAUCAGAUGUUUGUGCUUCCAGCUGGAGCAGGAGUAUGGUCAGCUGACCGAUGCCGGUCUGUCGUCGGCCCUCCUGGCGUGUACACGCCUCUUCUUAGAUCCUUGGAGCACUUUGAUGGUUCGGUUGGUGUCUGAGAACCAGAGGCGACUGGAGGGUGGGAAGAUGAAGGUCGGGCAGCUGUGCACCAUAGGUGAGGCCAUGCUGGCCGUAGAGGGUCCUGGCUGUGUGAUACUGCAUCAGGUGCUGGAGGAAAUCCAGAAGCAGGAGUCUGCAGACUGGAACGUUGCAGAUGCCGUGUCUGUUUAUAAACUUCUACAAGAUAGUGCGGCUGACGACGCAUAUUACACAGACCUGAUGAAUGCCGUGCAAAGUCAUUCCCUGCAUGACGUCUCAGAAUUGGAUCCGGCCAUGGUCAGUGUACUGCUCAACAAACUGGUGACCGUAGACAAACACAAGGACAACUUUAAGCCUGUGGUGAUCAACCUUUGUAAGCAGGCUGUUAGGCAUCUACCUCAGUUCACUGACAAGGAGCUCACACUGGUGCUCGGGGCUCUGAUCCACUUUGGACACAGUGACGAUUACCUGGUGGAGGCGAUGGAGAAGUACGUUCCCACGGUAGGGUUUACGGCCCACCCAGAGACGGUCGCAAAGGUGAUGCAGUUCUUCAGUAGAAGGAACAUCUGGUGUCCACCAGUGUUCGAUGCAGUCGCUGAGAGCUUCGUGUACAGAGCGGAUGAAUACAGCGCCAGCCAGGUGACCAGGCAGAUCAUGGCUUUUGGGAAGCUGGGAUACCUCCCUCCGAAUGCAGGAAACAUGUUCAAGAAGGUUGAGGAAAUCCUGCACACACGCUUUUUACAGUUCAAGCCUCGGACGCUGCUCAACCUGCUCCAUGCCUGCACCUUGGUGCAGAGGUUCCCAGUGAACUUUGUCUCCAGAGUCUUCACCAGAGAUUUCAUCCAGCAGUUACAAGAAAACGGCAGGGAUCAGUUUGUCCAGGCUCAGCUGACUCAGCUCUACAUGACUCUGCGGCUGGAGUGUCCCUUCUAUAAGGGCCCCCAUCUCCUCCAAAAGCACCAGGUCAAGUCCUUCUCCUUGCCUGGACGCUCCCUGGAGACGUCCGUCGAUGCUAAACUGCACGGCUUUGUGGUGGCUGGACUGACCAAACUGCUGGGCUCUUGUUUAUACUUUGGAUCAGGUGUUCUGACGCCAUAUUGUUACACACUUGACGUGGAGAUAAAACUUGACACGGAGGGACAGGUGCUGCAUGUGCACGAAAAUACUGGAGUAAAGAAAAGGAUCGCUCUUUGUAUCGAUGGAAAAUCGAGGUUUGCUGCAAACGCCAGGCAGCUGCUGGGGAAGGAGAUCAUCAAGCAACGGCACCUGAGGAUUCUGGGAUAUGAAGUUGUUCAGAUUCCUUACUAUGAGAUAGAAGAAUUGCCCAACAUGUCUAGUGUAGUUAAGUAUCUGCAUCAAAAAAUAUUCUCCACAUAAAGACUGAGCUGCUAUUGAUAGAAAUGUUAAAGCUCUGACACUCGAGGCCUUUAUUCAGAUCACCAGUGCCAACUGACGUUAAACAACAAGUCAUGUACAAUUAUCUAAUUAUUUUGAAAAUAAAUAUUUAACUCAAAUAUCACAACAUCAAUUAUUGUUUUGAAAAAUAUAAUUUAUUUUGUUCUUGGCAAAGAUGCUGCUGCAAAAGACUGUACAUGGUUGAGAGAAUCGUCAGUCCAAAAAAAAAA